AUGGUGCAAGGUCUUGGGAAUUUAGGUUGUAAACCAUUCGAGGAGGACAACAGGUGCGGUAAUCUUUGCGAGCUGACCUGUGCGGAUGCCAUUGGAAAUUCCAAACCUCGCCGAUCGUCUUGUUACCGCCCAUUGUGCGUGUGCAAGGCGUACACGUAUCGAUUUAAUGGAAAUUGUGUACCGAUCGAUGUAUGUGAACGAAAUAAUGGUGACUGGAAAGAAACUCGACCUGUGCCUCCAGGCGACAUAUCUCCGAUUCCCUGCAAGGAUUUCCCUUGCCCGAAGGGCUCCACUUGCUCUGAAGGGAAAAAAAUUUGCUCAACGAAAGGGAAUUGCGAUUUCACUGCAACAGAAUGUCUUCCUGACGGUGACACAUCCAAUUAUGACGGUUCUGGACCAGUAGCAACCACGGAAGUUUUGGGUACUAAUCAACCAACGUCAUGUGUGGAUUUCAAGUGCAAUUCUGAUCAAAUCUGCAGCAUGGCGAUCGGUGUACCAAAAUGCGUUCCAACCAGAAUGACAUGUAACGAAAAUGAAGAAGUGAAUCCGUGUGGAAAUUCGUGUGAACUGCUAUGUGCGGAUCUAACAAAUACAAUUCCGCGUUCGUGUCCAUGGAAUGUAUGUGGACUUCCUGCAUGCGUGUGCAAGACUGGAUUCUUUAGACUAAACGGGAAUUGUGUCACACGAGCCGGGUGCAUUUAA